GAUCGUCUUAUUACUGGUUGUCCACCAAAUUGAUGGUCAGCGCAGAAGAAGUCGUACUAAAAGCAAAGCUAAGGGUAGGUCUAAGAGUGAUCUUUGCCACCAGAAAGAGGCCGAAAAAUGUAUGAACAAAAUGGUUGAGUUGGGCAAAGGCAAGGACCCCACAGCCAUCAUCGCAUCCGAGGCCGGACUCAAUCGCAUCUGCAAAACUAUAAAAGACGAUACAUUAAAAUGUCUGAAAAACUACUUCAAGAAGUGCGGAACACCACUGCACCGGGAGAUAAGUGACCUGAUCAUUGACCAGGUUGACUUCAGGAUCAAUAGAUUUUGCUCAGAUAAGGAGAGAAGGUCAACGUUUCUGACACAAAGUCCCUGUUUUCACGCAAAGGUGUUCAGUACACACGAACACAAGUCUAACUGUAAUAACAAAUUCCUGUCGCGAGUCAACCAAAUAGAGACCGCGAAAGUAAAUGUGGACGAAAUUCACGCCACGCUAUGCUGUGGUUAUAACAUUUGGGACAACUGUACCACAUCUAUGGUGACCAACCAGUGCGGGGCGAAGGGACAGGAG